UUUUAAUAGUUUAAAGUGUUUCAGUCGACUAAACUCAUUUAGAGAGUCGUAUAUUACACUGUGAAAUUAAGUAUUAACCCGUGCUUUAUCUAGUGUUAUUAAUGAAGGGUAUUUUAAGCGUGUAAAGCGCUCCCGCACAUGAGUAACAGAAACAGUGCGUCUCAUUUCGCUCCCUAUAUAGUGCAUCAAACACGACUUCGGUUACUGGUUAGUAGUGUUGGAGAAAACAUCAAUGCAUCGAAAAAACGAUUCAGUGAUUCGAUUCGUUCGAAUCAUCGCACGCUGACGUCAUCUGCUGCUCAAAACAGAAUAAACUGAGAUCCACGUGACACACUGUUAUAAAGAUGGAGUUUAUUAAAGAGGAGAGAGAAAAGAUGAAGAUUGAAGACACUUUCAGAGUCAAACAUGAAGAGACUGAGACACACACAGACUUGAUGGCAAUGAAAGAGGAGAGUCAAGGACUGAAUGAAACAGAAGAGAAAGCUCAAAAUGAGAAACAUCAUGAUUUCAAAACUGAAGAAAAAUCAAAUAGUUGCUCACAGACUGAAAAGACUCAGAAAAUACAAACUACAACCCUUAAUUCCAACAUGAUAAUUCAAACUGGACAGAGACCUUACACCUGCAAACUGUGUGGAAAGUGUUUUACACAGAAAAAUCACCUUAAUGUCCACAUGAGAAUUCACACUGGAGAGAAACCUUACACCUGCAAAAUGUGUGGAAAGUGUUUUACACGGAAAAAUCACCUUAAUGUCCACAUAAGAAUUCACACCGGAGAGAAACCUUACACCUGCGAGCUGUGUGAGAAGAGUUACACACGAAAUGGAGAUCUUAUAAUCCACAAGAGAAUUCACAGUGAAGAGAAACCAUUCAUAUGCCCUCAGUGUGGAAAAAGAUUUACACAGAGAAAGACCCUUAAUGCCCACAUGAGUAUUCACACUGAAGAGAAACCUUUUAUCUGCAAACUGUGUGGAAAGAGUUUCUCACGUAACACAUACCUACAGAAUCACAUGAGAAUUCACACUGGAGAGAAUCCGUUCGCAUGUGGUCAGUGUGGAAAGAGUUUCAGAUAUAAAGAAAGCCUUAAUAAUCACAUUAAGUUUCAUUCAAGAGAGAACAGUUUUAAUUGUCAUCAGUGUGACAGGAGUUUCACAGAGAGGGAACAUCUUAAGAAUCAUGUUAAAAUUCACAUCGGAGAACAGCCUUUCAUGUGCCAUCUCUGUGGAAAGAGCUGCUCAACAGGAGGAUGCCUCAAGACUCACUUGAGAAUUCACACUGAUGAGAAACCUUUCACCUGCGAACAGUGUGGAAAGAGUUUCAGGGCUAAAGGAAGCCUAAAGAUUCACAUGAGAGUUCACACUGGAGAGAAGCCAUUCACAUGUGAUCAGUGUGAAAUUAGUUUCUCAUUUAACAAAAACCUGAAACAUCAUUUGAAGACUCAUUCUGGAAAGAAAAUGCCAUUUUCCUCAGAAUGACAAAAGGUUUAGAAAAAGGAGUGAUUUCUUGGAUUACCCUCUUACCAUUUAUUCAGGUGCAGAAUUAUGUUAAAAGUGAUAUCCCAAUUUUGAAACUUACAAAUCUAUCACAUCUAACUUUCAGCUCAUUCAAUAUAAAGUGCACAGAUAGCAUUAUUCUCGUACAAGGUUACAUUCUACAUAGCCCUCUGUGUCACCUUUAUGUAUUAAAUGUAAGCCCAACGAGGGAACUUUGGGUCAUUUAUUUUGGUUCUGUCCAAAAAAAAGUAAAUUCUGGUGUGUUUUGUUUUUAUUCAAGGGUGUUUAAGACUGAUUUUCCCCAUGGCAUCCUUGUUACUGUAUUCGGCUGGUCACAAUAUUUGGAAACCUAUAGUCCCAGUCAAGCUCAGGCAGUCCAGUAUGGGAUGACAAUAGCAAAGAAAAGACUAUUUUGAAGAUGUGGAAGAAAGAGUUUGUACACAAAUUUGAGAUGUGGCUAACAGAGUUUAGCAGUUUGAUACAUAUGGAUAAAAUCUGAUGUGAAAUUGCUGGUAAACUGAAGAGAUUCUUACAGAUAUGAAAACCCUUUUUAAUAUCUUGGAGGCGAUAACUGAUUAUUGAUUUCAACACUCUAGACCAGGGAUAGGCAACUUUGGUUCUGGAGUACUGCUGUCCUGCAGAGUUUAGCUCCAACCCUAAUCAAACACACCUGAACAAGCUAAUUAAGCUCUUCAAAAUUAAUUUUUUUUCAAGGUUGGAGCUAAACUCUGUAGAACAUCGGCACUCCAGAACCACGUUGCCUAUCCCUGAUCUGGACAUAUUCUCUGUGUGGUGUGACAGUAUGUCUAGUAAGGUGUUAUAAUGCAGCUAUUGAAUAAUUGGAUAAUUUCUUGUACUGAAAUUGUAUUUUAUACACCCCCCUCCAUUUUCUUUUUUUUUUCUUUAGUUCUUUUUAUCCACCUUUUUCCUCAACGUGGAAUUAAGCCUAAAGAUGAGACUUACGUUUCAUUAGCCACUAUAGGUAAAUAACGAGGAGAAUAACAAUAUGCAGCAAACUGUAAAACUGUUUGCAGUACAAACCAGUGUGUUCUUAAUUAAGAUAACAGAUUAAAAUAAUUUGAUAGGACACAUCAGU